AUGAUAGAUGGGAGAAUAGAAUUAUCCGCCGUGUUAUUAUUGAUCGGGGAUAGAGUAGCAGUUGUGGAUUUCAGAGGUAUAAAGCCGGCCUCAUAUCCUGCCCUGGUAGAACUUUUCUCUUUCUAUCCAAGCAAUCAAUAUCCAAACACUACUCUCAAGCUUUUUUCAAGGUUCCUUACCUACCAAAUCUAUAUUCAUCAUGUCUCCCUGCACCUGCAACUGCUGCUCCGGCGAGUGCAACUCCUGCGCUUGCUCCACCUGCACUCACUAAGCCAGCUCACAAGCCUUCACCACUGCCAUCUUCCUCCCAUACAACCCAUACCAGACCCGGGCUCCCACUGCUAUCGAACUAGCUGGGGUGCGGGUGUCCUCGUUGCCGAAGUUAUGAGAUAA